AGAGGGAGUUGUAUGCCAUUUCUAUAGUUUUUGUUUUAUGCAGAUUCAAAUAGUGCUGGGAAGAUAUAUUCCCCUAAUCCAUCACGCUUGGAGGGAAAACCAUGUUGCAUUGGUGGCGUAGAUUUUCUUACUUUAAUAUUUACUCUAUCAGCACUGCCUAUACAUAGGAUGCGAAUGGCAAUCCGCGAGUGUUUUUAUGCUUUGAGGCAAGGAGGAUUGCUGUUAUUCAGAGAUUAUGGGCUCUAUGAUAUGACCAUGCUCCGGUUCGAGCCAGAACAAAGAGUGGGAUUCAGGGAAUACAUGCGGCCUGAUGGAACCCGGUCUUAUUUCUUUUGUCUCAACAGCGUGAGGGAUUUGUUUUGCAGUGUUGGCUUCGCUGAGAUUGAGCUUGAGUAUUGUUGCGUUACGUCUGUGAAUCGGAGGAAUGGAAAGAGGAUGAAGAGAGUGUGGGUUCAUGGCAAGUUUGGGAGGCCGUAACUCGGAUUCUUAUAUGGGUCCCCCCCCCAAAUUGAAUGAAAAUAAUGCAUUUGAUUUAAUAUAAUGUCGAUCAAUUU